AUGAUGCUCCGCACCAACUUCGUUCUCCUCGCCGUCGCCGCCUUCUCCACCCUCGGCUCGGUCUUCGCUGCGCCUACUCGCACUUUCUCUGAUGACUUUGACGCACGAGACCUCGCUUUUGAGGACAUCCUCGACGCACGGGGUGGUCUCGCCAUUCCUAAACCCACCCAUGGAACCGACGGCGGAAAAGCCUCGUUGAACACCAUUGGAAAGGGCAGGCGCGCCUUCCUUGAAGACAUCCUGGACAUCCGUGGCGGCCUCGGAAUCCCCAAGCCUACUCACGGCACCGACGGUGGCAAAACCUCACUCAACACCAUCGGCAAGGGAAGGCGUGCCCUCUUGGAGGACUUCCUUGAGGCCAGGGGUGGACUCGCGCUUCCUAAGCCUACGCACGGCACCGACGGCGGCAAGGCAUCGCUGAACACCAUCGGCAAGGGCAGGCGGGAGUUCUUGGAGGAUCUCCUCGAUGCUCGAGACCUGUUGGACGAGAUUCUCGAUGUGCGGGGUGGUUUGGCUCUCCCUAAACCUACACAUGGCACGGAUGGUGGCAAGGCUUCCCUCAACACUAUUGGCAAAGGCAGGAGGGAUUUUUUCGAGGAUAUCCUUGAUGCCAGGGGCGGGCUCGCGCUCCCCAAGCCUACCCAUGGAACUGACGGUGGCAAGGCUUCGAUGAAUACCAUUGGAAAGGGCAGGAGGGAUUUUUGGGAGGAUAUAAUUGAGGCUUGA